UUUUCAGAAGGUAGACUUAUUUAUAACUUCAUUUAUCAUUACUCAUAAAUAUAGCGGCCUUCUAAGAAGUUUUCCAUCACAUCUCCGUUCAUUAGCCCCUAUAAAUAGCCUCUUCAAAACUCAUUGACAGAACAUCAAGGUUGGAAUCAUAGAUAAAACAACUCCCACCACUUUCAAAAUAAAGAGAUUUUUGGUAUAUCAACUAGGUUUUGGAAAUGAAUACAGUUCAAUUCGUAACUAGCUUGUUCUAGAGCUUUCAUUGCCAUGCCAACAAGGGAAAUGAAAGAAAUGAUAAGGGAAAAUGAUGAACAUCAGAAUCAAGUAUGGGAUGUAGCUUUAUAUCGCAAACUUAAUCCUAGAGAGAAGCUCAUGUCUGGAUGUGGAGCGUAGGAGUUUUGAUUGGAAACAUAACCCCCGUUAACCCACUAAUGACUGAUAGCGUGGACUAAGAACAGAACUUAUAGCACGGUGGUGAGUUGCAAGUCUAAGGCUUAUAUAUUAUUAUGGGGUGGUGUAAAAGUUGUUAGGCACUGUGGAAGUUUAGAAUUUUUGUGCCCUUCCUAAUCUAGAAAAUUGAUAGUUUUGGAUUGGGGUAAAGUAGUAUUUAGGACUAAUUUACAAUUGCUAUUUAAAAGAGAUGUGAAGAAACCCCUUUAUUAAAUAUUUUUUUGAAAAUUUUGACGUAAGAUUUAAGUAUUUAGUAUUGCUAUUAAAAGUAUUUUAAAAAUAAAAUGUUUGUUCUUGACACAUAAUGUUGCAAAGUAAAAAAAAGGCAUUUGAAUGAGAUUCAAAUUCGUUAAUAUAAUGAUAUUUCAAUAAAAUAUAACAAAAUAGUUUAUUGUAACUCAUUUUUAAUUUCAAUAGAAUAGUUAUCAAGAUUAGGACUAAAUUUUGUUUUUUUUCUCUCCUGAAAAAUACAAUAAUACAUAUAUAUUCUUUUGUCCCCUUUAAUUCGUUCUCUUGAGUUUCGUUAUUGGCAGACAUGGAAUUAGAUAAUGUAGCCAAGUUUCUUCAAGGCAAGACCAUAUUAGUCACCGGUGCAACAGGAUUUUUAGCUAAGGUCUUUAUCGAGAAGAUAUUACGGCUUCAACUAAACGUGAAUAAGCUUUAUCUUCUUUUGAGGACUUCAAAUGAUAAAUUCGCCACACAACGCUUAGAAGAUGAGAUCAUAAGCACAGAAUUAUUUAGAAUUCUCCGCGACAAAUGGGGUUCAAAAUUUGAUGCCUUGAUAUCAAGUAAGGUGGUAGCAGUGGAAGGUGAUAUCUCUUCUGAAAACUUGGGAUUGGAAGAUUCAAAACUAAGAGAAGAGAUGAGGAAGGAAAUAGAAAUUGUUGUAAAUUCUGCUGCCACAACUUGCUUUAAUGAAAGGUAUGACAUUGCGUUGGGCAUCAAUACAUUUGGAGCUUUCAAUGUUUUGAACUUUGGGAAGAAAUGUGAUAAAAUAAAGCUAUUUCUCCACAUUUCAACCGCUUACGUUUGCGGUGAAAAGACAGGAAUAAUAUUAGAGAAACGAUUUUAUAUGGGUGAAACUUUAAAAGGAACGCAUAACAUAAAUAUAUUUGAGGAAAAGAUAACUAUGGAACAACAAUUAGCUCAACUACAAUACCAUGGUGCUCCAGAUAAAGCAAUAACUUCAUCCAUGAAGGAAUUUGGCCUUGAAAGGGCAAAAUUGAAUGGGUGGCCAAACACAUACGUAUUUACAAAGGCCAUGGGAGAGAUGCUUUUAGGACAGUUCAAAGGAGAUUUGCCACUUGUUAUUAUACGCCCCACCAUGAUUGCAAGCACUUACAAACAACCUUUCCCUGGUUGGAUUGAAGGUGUUAGAACCUUUGAUAGCUUCAUUGUGAAUUAUGGAAAGGGGAAAUUAACAUGUUUUCCUGCCAAUCCUAACACUAUUAUUGAUGUGAUACCGGUUGAUAUGGUGGUAAAUGCCAUGGUUGUGGCCAUGAAAGUUCAUUAUGCAGAACGUCAUGUUUGUGAGACCAUUUAUCAUGUCAGCUCUUCAUUCAGAAAUCCCUUAACACUCUCAGAUCUUCGAAACCUUUUCCACUGUUAUUUCAUUAAAAACCCAUGGAUUGAUGUAAAUGGGCUGAGAGUGAAAGUUGGUCAACUAACAUUUUUCAGCAAAGCUAAUAGAUAUUUGCUGCUCAUGCAAAUGAAAUAUGUGCUCCCACUGAAGGUACUUUAUUUGGCGAAUAUACUUUGUUGCCAACGUUUCAAAAAAAUUUAUAAAAAUCUUAAUCGUAAAAUCAACUUGGCAAUCCAAUUAGCAAAACUUUACGAACCUUAUACAUUCUUCUUAGGAAGCUUUAAUGAUGGAAAUUUGGUGGAACUACAAAGGGUGGCUGAAGAGCAAGGCAUUGAUUUAGUUGAAUUUAAUUUUGAUUCCGAGAGUAUUGAGUGGGAAGAGUAUAUGAUGAAUAUUCACAUUCCGGGCCUUUUAAAUUAUGGGAUUAAAUCUUAGGUGAUAUGCCAUACCAAUGACCCACGUUGCUUAUUAUAUAUAAUUUAAGAAAUGUUCUUAUACCUUCGAUUGUAAAAUAAAAUCAGUUACUAAAACUUUACAGACAUUAUGAUGUAAGUGCAUUUAUAAUAUUAUUUUAUUUGUCCAA